CCCAUAGAGAAAGCAAAGAAGACAGCUUCCGCGCAUGAGGUUGGCGGGUUGUUAGUUACUGCUGUGUGUGUUGGAUGUUUUUGUUUAAAUCUGCAGCAUAAUAGAUCCAACAAAACGUCUCAGUUAUCACGUUCAGGUCCGCCCGGAGCAUUUGCAGCUUGCUAUGCCGUCCGUCGCUGGAGUCAGCAGCCCCGCAGCUGCGCUCGCCGAGGCGCUGGAUAACUCUGCUCGGUUGAUAGACAGACACCUGCAGGAUGACCGCUGCUUCCCCGACCUGUCCGAGCUGCUCGGCGUCCCUUCACACAACAUGCCAUCCCUGUCUGGAGUUGCUGACAUGGACUACCCUCUCCAGGGACCCGGUUUACUCAGCAUACCAAACCUACCAGAACUCAGCGCAGUUCGAAGAGUCCCGUUGCCGCCGGAGCUGGUGGAGCAGUUUAGCCAUAUGCAGUUUAACUGCAUGAUGGGAGUUUUCCCGGAGAUCUCUCGAGCGUGGCUAACAAUCGACAAUGACAUCUUUAUGUGGAAUUAUGAAGAUGGGGGAGACGUGGCCUACUUUGACGGCCUGAUUGAAACAAUUCUGGCUGUGGGUCUUGUUAAACCAAAACAAGGUAUUUUACAGCCACACAUCCACUACCUCCUGGUAUUAGCCACUUCUGUGGAUGUAGUAAUCCUUGGACUCAGCUUUCCGAAGAGCCAAGCUGGAUUAAAUGAUAGCAUGUCUGGUGGGAUGCAGCUGCUCCCAGACCCCCUCUUCUCAAUCCCAACAGACAACACCUACAUCCUGUCCAUCACGUCUACAGACCUGGGACGCAUCUUCAUGGCAGGGAAAGAUGGCUGCCUGUAUGAGAUAGCUUACCAGGCGGAGGCGGGCUGGCUCAGCCAACGCUGCAGGAAAAUUAACCAUUCUAAGAGCUCUUUGUCCUUCCUUAUCCCGUCUGUGCUCCAGUUCUCUUUUUCUGAAGAUGAUCCCAUUGUACAGAUUGCAAUUGACAACUCUCGCAACACACUGUUUACUCGCUCUGAGAAAGAUGUCCUGCAGGUGUACGACCUCGGGGCCGAUGGCCAAGGAAUGAGUCGUGUUGCAACAAUGUCCCAGAGCUCCAUUGUAGCGGCUGCAGGAAACAUUGCUCGGACCAUUGAUCGUUCCGUCUUCAAACCCAUUGUCCAGAUCUCAGUCAUUGACAGAUCCGAAUCCUCAGAUUGCCACCUGCUUGCUGUUACUCAUGCAGGUGUGCGCCUUUACUUCGCCACCACACCUUUUGCUCCUCAGCACCAGAAGCACGUUCCUGUACGCCCAACCCUGCUUGCUUUGGUCCAUGUGCGGCUGCCGCCGGGUUUCUCUGCCUCCUCCACUUUACAGAAGCCUUCUAAGGUUCACAAGGCUCUGCAUAGCAAAGGGGUUCUGCUCAUGGCUGCCUCAGAGACGGAAGACAGUGACAUCCUGUGGUGCAUCAAUCAUGACUCUUUCCCCUUCAAGAAACCCCUGAUGGAGACACAGCUGAUGUCUAAUGUCGAUGGACACUCUUGGGCUCUUUGUGCCAUUGAUGAUGAGAGGCCCCCCAAGAUCUUUACUCCUCUAAACAAGGAGCAGAUCCCCAUCACAGAUUCACCUGCGGUCGUCCAGCAACACAAUAUUCCGGCGCAGAAAUUCGUCCUCCUCUCUGCAAAGGGUAGCCACAUCUUUCAGAAACUGCGUCCAGUUGACCAGCUGCGCCACCUGCUGGUCAGCUGUGCUGGAGGAGAAAGUGAGGAGAUAGAGCGCUUCUUCAAGCUGCACAGGGAGGAGCAGGCCUGUGCUACAGCUCUCAUCCUGGCUUGCUCCAGCGCCGCUUCUGACAGAGAAGUUUCACAAUGGGCCACAAGAGCGUUCUUCAGAUAUGGAGGAGAGGCACAGAUGAGAUUUCCCGCUGCCAUGGCAACACCUAGCACAGUUGGACCUGUGAUGAGCUCUCCAGCGCCGGGGGUGGUGCCUCCAGCGUUUGCAACACCAUUUGCACCGAUGCAGACUGGCUCUGCGCCGAUCACGCCGAUGUCAGCAGGUCCCGAGGUGAUUUUCUCCGGAAAACAUAACGGCAUCUGCAUCUACUUUGCUCGCAUUCUCGGCAAUCUUUGGGAUGGGAGUCUUGCUUUUGAGAAAUCGAUAAGCAAAGGAAACCAGACCGUUAGUAUUCUGGAAAGCACCGUUGAUUCAUUGGAGCUGGAGUCGGUCCUCAUGCAGCUCAGAGGUUUGCAGGAGUUCCUCGAUAAAAACUCUCAGCUCAGCCCUUCUUCUCUUGGUGCUGCGAGCUUCAGCUCCCCUGCCAACCUGCAGCAGAGGCUGCUGGGAUUUAUGCGCCCUGACGGAGCCAGCUCCCAGCAGGUUCAGCAGGAGCUCCAGAGGAAGUAUCACACUAAGGCUCAGGUCUAUGAGAAAGCAUCCCUACAGGGUAUCCAGCAGCUAGUGUAUCGCUCUUAUCAAACUCUGGCUCUUUGGAAACUCCUCUGCGAUCAUCACUUCAGCCUCAUUAUGUCGGAGCUGCCAAAGGAGUUUCAAGAGCAGAUGAAGGGGGCAAGUUUUAAGGAUGUAGUGACCCGGGGAAAGGAGCUGUCUGGGGCUCUAGUCACAGGGCUUAUUAAUGUCUACAUCAAAGAUAACGCCUCAGUGGACGCCAUCAGCCAUCAUCUUCGAGAUCUUUGCCCCAUACUGUACAGCAGUGAUGACAGCGUUUGCUCAAAGGCUAACGAGUUACUUCAGAGCUCAAAGCAAAUCCAGAACAAAGCGGAGAAGGAGCGGACGCUGAGGGAGUCUCUGCAACUCUACCAACAGAUCAGCCAGCACACUGACCUGCCGCUUGUUUGCUCCCAGUAUAGACAAGUGCGUUUCUAUGAGGGAGUUGUUGAGUUGUGCCUCACAGCAGCAGACAAGAAGGAUCCACAGAGGUUAGGCCCCCACUACUAUAAAAAUGGAGAACCAGAAGAGGACAAAGUUGGGCAGCAGGCAUUCCAGGAACGACUCUCCUGUUAUAAGUGUAUCACAGACACCAUGCAGGAGCUGGUGAACCAGAGCAAAGCUGCUCCUCAGUCGCCCAGCGUUCCUAAGCAGCCCGGACCCCCCGUCAUGACCUCAGAUCCAAACAUGCUAAGCAACGAAGAAGCUACAGCACACUUUGAGCAGAUGCUGGGGUUGGCCCAGAGGUCCCAGGAUGAGCUGUUUCACAUCGCCCUGUACAACUGGCUGAUUCAGGCAGACCUGACGGACAAGCUGCUGGAGGUGAAUUCUCCAUAUCUGGAAGAGCAUCUGAUGCAUAUGAUAAAACAGGACCAGAGCAAAGUUCAUAACAUGGACCUGUUGUGGCGCUACUACGAGAAGAAUCGCAGCUUUGGCAAGGCGGCUCACGUGUUGGCCCGCCUCGCUGACUUGCACAGCACUGAGAUCUCGCUGAAGCAGCGGUUGGAGUACAUAGCUCGUGCCAUCCUGUCUGCAAAGAGCUCCUCCUGCAUCUCAGCUCAGGCGGCUGACGGAGAGUUCCUUCACGAACUUGAGGAGAAGAUGGAGCUGGUGCGCAUUCAAGUCCAGAUCCAGGAAACCCUGAUCAGGCAGUACACCCAUCAUCCCUCAGUGAAAAACGCCAUCUCACAGCUCGACUCUGAGCUUAUGGACAUUACAAAGCUAUAUGGAGAGUUUGCUGACCAUUUUAAACUGUCUGAAUGCAAGCUGGCCAUCAUUCACUGUGCAGGACAUUCAGACCCCAUACUGGUCCACUCACUGUGGCAGGAAAUCUUGGAAAAGGAGCUGGGCGACAGUGUGGCCAUGAGUCCGGCAGACAGGAUGAGGUCUCUCAAUCUGAAACUGGUUUCACUGGGAAGGAUUUAUGCUGGAACCCCUAGAUACUUCCCUCUGGAGUUCCUUGUAAAGUUUUUGGAGCAGGAAGUCUGCAGACUGAACUGGGAUGUGGGAUUUGUCACAUGUACGAUGUUGGAGAUCGGAGUCCAGCUGCCUCGUCUUCUGGAGGUUUAUGAUCAGCUCUUCAAAUCCCGGGAUCCCUGCUGGCUACGGUUGAGAAAACCUCUACAUUUGGUGGAGUGCAUCCAUGUGCUUCUCUCAGGAUAUGUGGAGGAUCCCAGCAGAGUGCCAACAUAUGACAGGCGCAGAUUCACCAACGUUUGCCUAGACAACAUCUGUGGAUACCUGGUGGAACUGCAGUCUCUGAGCCCGAACUCAGCCCUUCAGCACACAAUCGGCAACUUUAAAUCCCUGCAGGCCAAGCUGGAGAAGCUCCAUUGACAGGAGCAAACCUUUUUAAUCAACAAAGAGCUGGCCGACCUGUGGCUCUUCCUCUGCUUGCCUUAAACGGACUGUUUCUUUGGUUGCAGAUGUUGUGAAUGGUUGGGAGAAGAGAUUGGCAAAGAGACAAGUUUUAUAACUUAUUUCAUACCGUUUUGUUAGUUGGAACAUUGCUGUUUUGAAAAGUAUGUAAUUUGCAUUGUGUGCAAAUAUCUGUUUGAUAUCUGAAAAUGGUGGGACAUUGAAUAAUGUGUACAAUAAAAUUCAUGACAUCUGCUUCUUUUAUGGAAAAUUAGUUUAAUUUGAGCCUCAUUUGGGGCAUUUUCCCCACAGCAGUUGCUGAAUAUAACCAACCCCAGCAAAAACGUUACAACUCUUUAUUGUAACAUUUGAAUUUGUAUUAAUGUACAUAACUGGGCUUUAAUGUCAUCUUUACCAAACCUGUGUGCGCUGAUAGUAAAUGAGUGGUGGCUUGAUGUAUAAGAGCUUGUGUGACUUGGUGCUGUUCAUGUUUUCACCUACACUAAAAAUUCAGAGACAAAUUGUAGGACCAAUAAAAGCUUUUUAAAAGGAA